AUGGAACAGCCAACACCACCAUCACCCGCACCAUCCAUCGACGGCUUCAUUCAGCAGUCCUCUAGAAUGAGCCCAUCCAUGAAUACAUCGCAUCCGAGAGGCGGGCUGGCCCCGGGUUCCGAGUUCCUGGGCUACCCGCGCCUGCAGCCGAGACACAGCAGCCCCGGCCAGGAGGCCGAUUUCUUAGCCCAUGAGCACUCGCUGUACUACUCGCAGAAGAACGUCGACAUGUCCCUGACUGGCUAUCCCGCUAGACAAGAUGCCAUCAACUCAUAUGGUCCCCUCCCCGGGGAGUUGGGCUACAGUGUAAGUUGUUUGCCAUACUUUCGAGUAAACACAGCCAUAACGGGCCAUCAGAUCCAUAUGCCAUACACGCCAGAGGCAUCGCCUCCAACCCCGAGCCCAGUCAACCUUUCGAUCGCCACUCGCAGUGGAGUGAGCAUCUCCAAGAGAUCUGCGACGCAGAAGUCGUCGGGAAUCAAGGGAGGCCGAGUGCAAAAGAGAGUCAAGGACCAGAAGCAACGAACCAUAUCAUCCAUCGUCUCGAAACCUCUCACCCAGAUCGCCAUCGACAUGCCACAUUUGCCUGUCGCCGAUAUCGCGACCUUCGUAAACCGAUCCGUGGAAGAACGGCGCCUCGAGACAUCUCGCAAUAGGAAGCCAGGUCAGAUCAAGCGCCCGAUGAAUGCCUUCAUGCUGUACCGCAAGGCGUAUCAGGAAGUGGCCAAGACACAGUGCGUCAAGAACAACCACCAGCAUGUGUCAAAAGUCUGCGGGGCUGGUUGGUCCUUGGAACCAGUCGAAAUCCACGAAGAGUUCAACGAAUGGGCCAGGCUCGAACGGUCUAACCAUCAACAAGCGCACCCGGGAUACAAAUUCACACCUUCCAAGACUCGCAAAGGCAGACGGGAGAACGAGGCAGGCGACGAUGUCUUCUCCGAUGUCGAUGAUCCGGACUGGGGCGUCACCCGUGGACUUCCACGACGCGUGCCACGACAAGCAAACACCACCCAUGUAUCGAGACUAAGCGAGACGCCUUCUUUGACAUAUGAGCCGGCACCCGGGACAAUAGAGGACCACUCAUCAGCACCCUACCAGGACCUCCGUACAUAUGCGACCCCGGCUCCACCGCAAUUGCUCCCAUACUACCAAGUCGAGUCGUCGCCGUACGAUCUUCAUGUCCAUCAAUAUCCCAACGCUCUUGGUGAAAUGCAGCCCGCUGUGGAGAGUAGACACUCAUCCCCAAAUUUCGAGUAUCCUAUCGCGCCACUGGAAGGUAGCUCUGGGUUCAUUGACAACUACUACCAGGAGGUUGGUUUGGUUACAAACCCUCCAGUUGGCAUCCCAUUCCCUGUAGAAAGGAUGUGCGAUGGACUUCCUAGGUCCGACAUGCCCCUUAGCACAACCGAGGAGCUCUGGCAACCCCAUCUGGGUGGUGGGCCUGACUUGGGAAUGGCAAUCGCAGAGUACGGUGGAGCUUCAGAACACGAUGCAUAUCUUAGAGGCACGCAGGAAGACUGGAAGCUAGAGGAACUGGAUGAGGCCGAACCCGAAUCAACCGCGCGAACAACACAACCCAACCACACAAUGACUUGGAUCUCCCGCGCCGUUACUGUGACCGGCCUUGUGCUCCUCGCCCACGCGUGCUACUCGGCGCAGGAGCACUCAGCCAUCGCCUCGGCGUCAGCGCAGCACGCCACGGCACAACAGCUAUCAACACACUCCCUACCAAUCGACAUAUCCAUCGAGGCAUUGGCAGCGACACUGGUCGUGUGCCUAGGGCUAGUUCUGGGAUCCCCGAAGCUACGACCGAUCCGAUGGCACGAGUGGGCUGGCAAGAUUGAGCGGGAGGGAGCGGCCGGGUUCCGUUCGGGCAGCGGCGAGGUGGACAAGGACUAUCAGGGCAACCCAUUUGGUGCGCUGGAGACGCGCCCGGGGUUCGUGGAUAUCCGCAAGCAACGGCGUGACUUUGCAGACUGGGUCAAGGCUGGCAGCAAGUAA